UACAGCCACAUGCUCCUGUCGUGCUUUCUCAAGAGCAGGCUGAAAUGGUAAGUGUGUCAGUUUGUUAGCUCCGUCACAGGGGAAACGUGAAACAAGGCCAGGGAAACCACUGGCACUGCUUAGGGAAUAGCCUUGUUGAUUCCCUGCUGUAUAUUCCAAUGUAGGCUGAGCUGUCAUCUGCCGGAUCUGGGUGUGUCUACUGAAUAGGAACUGUGAGUGAGCAGGUCGCACACUCUGGAAUAAGCAGUGACACAGAAGAAAGAGAAAUUCCAGUCUUGAAAUCUCUGUUUUUCCUAAAUCUCUAGACAGGACGAUGGAUUUUUUUCAACACUUCAUGAUCUUACAAGAGUAUAGCAGCACCAACAGGAAGAUGAUAAAUGACUAGCUCCUAUACAAGACCAUACAUGGGUGAGAAGCUGAUGACCACUGAAGAGGGUGACACUAUUUUGAACAUCUGGCAGAACAGAAGCUCACCUUCACUUUUGUUUCUGCAAUCACACCGAGCACAACUGGUGAAUGAACUGGAAUAUUAUAUUGACUCCAUUCUUGAUCGUGCGCUACAACAGCAGUUACUGUCAAGGGAUGAUUAUGAAGACGUUGCCUAUGAAGGAGGCCCCAGAAAACAAGUUAGAAAGUUGUUAGACAUAAUACAUUGUCUCGGAGAAGAAAAUGCAUCGAUAUUUUGUGAACUUUUUCACCAAGUUAAAAAGUCUAGAACACAAACAACCAAUGCAAGGGGUAGACAUGGUGAGAAGUUCUACUUUUCAGAUUAUUUGUGAACCUAUUGCUUUGUGAACGGACACUACAGCUUGGAAAUAAAGAAAAAUGAGCUCCUGACAUUUGGUCAACAACGAAUACACCUGCAAAGUAAGAAAGAAGAAAAGUGUAGCCUUAAGCUCAACCAGCUUUUUGACAAACAAAUAAAAGGAGGACACCAAAGAAAAUCCUUGUCAGUGGUUGUAGCAGGAAUUGGGAAAACAGUUUUUGUUCAAAAACUUUUGCUGGAUUUUUCGAAUGAAGUAGAGUAUCAGCACUUUGACUUUGUGCUCAACUUCACCUUCAGGGAUCUCAACUUAAUUAAUAAGCCAAUAACUUCGGAAGUAAUAAGUAAAAAACAUGGACACUUGUCACAAAUAUUAGACGUUGUUUUCAGGAAUAGCCAUAACCUUUUGGUGAUCUUGGAUGGGUUUGAUGAAUUUAAGUCCUACAACCAGCUAGACUUGGAACAGUAUGUAUUUGAUCCUGAUGAAGAAGCAGAAAUACCUCAGCUAGUUGGUAGCUUAUCAAAUGAGAACUUCUUCCGGAAGCCCACUGUUUUACUCACAAGUAGGCCAACAGUCAUAAACCACAUACCCGUUGAAUGUAUUGAACGCUUUGUGAUAAUUACUGGAUUCUCUGUUACUGAGAUAGAAGAAUUACUUCCAAAAUUUAUUGAAGAUAAAGAAGUGGGAAGUGAACACUUUGUGGCAGUGAAGGAAAAUCAUUUUCUGUUUACAAUAUGUUACAUCCCAGCUUUUUGUUGGAUAGUCUGCAGAGGUCUGAAGGAAAUCUCAACGCUUCACAUUGAGCAACCAAAAACAAAGACUGACAUUUACUGCCAUUACCUCAUAGUCUUAUUGAAGUAUCAUGCGCAUCAAGUUGGCAGCACUAAAGAUGGUUCUGUAUUACAUGGAAUUCUAGGUUUAGGUCACAUUGCCUAUCAUUCCCUAUUGAAGCAUGAAACAAUAUUUUAUGAGAAAGACCUGGAAAUGUUUCAUAAACUUCCAAAAGACAUUGUACAGUUUCUUGACACAACAUAUGUUCAGGAGCUAGGAUAUACAAAAAAUGUCCUUUCAUUUACCCAUUUUACUAUACAGGAAUUUUUUGCAGCUUUCUAUUAUGCUCAUGCAGAAAACAUUAAUGAAGACAUUAUGGACAUAGAUUUACAGAAACGUCUAGGCAUUGGAUCUGGAUAUUUGGAUUUAUUUUUUAGGUUUCUUUCAGGAUUGCUAUCAGUGCGAAAUCAGGAAGUUCUUUUGAAACAUCUAAAUCUCGUUGAAAGCAAACAGUCAGAAAUGUACACAUCAUGGUUAGUAAAGUCAAUUGUUGGAUACUGUGAAUCUGGCGGCUACAUCUUAAAUCUACUGCACUGUUUCUUUGAACAGCAAAUAAGCAGCUUGGCCAGUAGAAUAACUCCAUCUGUGUUACGCCUUAAUGUGAGCGAUAACGUGUUCUCACCCAUUGACUUUGAUGUCUUAGCAUAUUUUUUGGACCUUGUUCCCAUGGAAAUUGAUGAAUUUGACUUAACAGCUACCCAUGUGGAUGCAGGCCAUUUGAAAAAGUUGCAACCGUACCUUCACCGGUGUAAGAAAUUAUGGCUUGGUGAAAAUAACCUGGAUAUUGAAGCAAUCACUAUUCUCUCCAGCAUUUUAAUGUCUCCAGACUGCAAGUUAGAACUUUUGGGUCUUGGCUGGACACAAUUAGAAGAUGAAGAAUUUUUAGAACUUUACAAAUGUCUUCCACACAAUCGUUCCUUGACUGGAUUGUGGCUUGAAGGAAACAACAUCAAUUACACAGCCAUAGAACAGUUUUCUGACAUACCUUUAUUCAAUUCAACCCUACAUCAUGUGGUCUUGCUGGGAAAUAACUUAGUCCAUGAAAACAUUGCCGCUCUAAAAGCAAAAUCUGAUAAAAGCAUCAUUGUCGCACACAUCGAUGAAAACUUCGGUCAAGAUUUUUGGCAAGGCUGGUGGGACUGGAUAUUUCAACGAUGCAAAAUAUGCAAUGAUGAGAAGAUUGUCUCUUUCUUAACAAAGGUGUACAGAGGACUAGGUCUUUGUGAUGGAAAGGAUACUGAGUGGAUGAAGGACUGGUAUAUGCAGUUGAAUAACUUUCUGCAGGAACGAAUACAGCAGUGCUCCAUUAAGGUCAUAGCUAAAAAGAUGGAGGAACUCAGGAAAAUGUUUCAGCAGCAAUCAGAGAAUCACUGAAAUGAUCUUAUUCUCAUGAUCAUUGUCUGUGUCAGCACUUGGACUGAAGUUGUUAUACUGUAUACAAUGUAUAGUGUAUGCUGUAAAUGAAGUGACCUCCUACCUACCUCCUUACUUCUAAGUGUUGAGGUAAACUACAGACCUUUCCAACAUCAUGAAAAA